UGUACCACAGACAGAUAGCGAGAGGGAGAGAAGAGACUGGCAGGGGAGAGAACAAGUCCGGAGUGAGUGUGAGAAGAGCAGAAAGUCUGUGUGUACAAAGAGCAUUUUCCCCCAAAAGUGUUGUUUCACCUGAUAGCUUUGGUGAUGAAGUAGAGAGCUGCUUAGGGCUUAAAUAGCUGAGAGUUAUUUCAGAAAAAAGUUAACAGUUGUUCUGCUUCAGUUUUAGAACUGCAAGCAGUUGGCAGCACAGCUGUCUCUCUCUUUAACAGACUGAAAAGGGCUACUGGCUACAGAAAAAAAACACACCACAGUUUGACUUAGAGUUUCUGAAAAAUUAAAAGCAGUUCAGGGUGGAAAGACUUUCACGCUGAGGUUUUGAGUUAUGCUUUUUUAACCAGCUUCAUUGCACUGAGACAACUUUAUGAGAAGAGACAGGGACACAAUGAGUUUUUAAGAAGCACCUUGAAUUUUAUUGUUGUUGUUGUUUUAACGAGGGUACAGGGCAUGACAAGGGAACUCAAGGGAAGCCUUUGAAGAGCAGCAGCAAGAAAGAUGGGUCUGUUAAGUGUGGACCUGUUGAUCACGCUUCAGAUCCUGCCGAUUUUUUUCUCCAACUGCCUCUUCCUUGCACUCUAUGACUCGGUGGUCCUCUUGAAGCACAUGCUGCUUCUCCUGAGUCGCUCCAAGGCUGCACGUGGUGAGUGGCGAAGGAUGCUUACAUCGGAGGGGCUGCGCUGCGUCUGGAAUAGCUUCCUCCUAGAUGCCUACAAACAGGUGAAAUUGGGUGGAGAAGCUCCCAAUUCCAAUGUGAUUCACAUAGUGAAUGGCACUGAUGACAGUAGCAGCAGCGGUGGCAGCAGCAGCAACAGCAGCAGCAGCAGAUGGAAAACCUCUGGUGGGAAGUAUGGAUCUGAAUGUCACCUUCUAGAUUUUGCCAAUUCGGAGCGCCCACUGGUGGUCAACUUUGGCUCAGCCACCUGACCUCCCUUCACAAACCAGCUGUCGGCCUUUGGCAAGCUGGUGGAAGAGUUCUCUAGUGUGGCUGACUUUCUGUUAGUUUACAUUGAUGAGGCUCACCCAUCAGACGGCUGGGCCGCUCCUGGGAUUUCAUCCUCAUUUGAGGUAAAGAAGCAUAGGAACCAAGAAGACAGAUGUGCAGCUGCUCAUCAGCUUCUGAAGCGGUUUUCUUUGCCACCUCAGUGCAAGGUGGUGGCCGACUGCAUGGACAAUAAUGCCAAUGUGGCCUAUGGGGUCUCAUUUGAGCGUGUGUGCAUUGUACAGAGACAAAAAAUUGCCUAUCUGGGGGGUAAGGGCCCCUUUUUCUACAACCUUCAAGAAGUUCGACUUUGGUUGGAGCAGAACUUCAGGAAGAGAUGA